GUUCCCUCCUUUUCGCUUCCUCUUUCGUAGUUCACCGAAACAAAACAUAGCCGCUUUCCUUCUCGCGGGCCGGUCCCAUUUUCCCUUCUUUCCUUUCGCUCGACCCCUAACCUGAUCGCCGCUAUCCGAGCCUCCGCUCGCAACUCGACAAAGGAUCUCGUCAGACGGACGGGCUCCAGACGUUCUUUACACCAGCACACGCACGCACAGUAUCUUCUUUUUCGACCGCCGGCCGGCUUAAUCUGCGUUCAACGAAUAGGGAAGAAAAAAAAGAAGAUUAUCAAUAUCUAAUCGUGAGAGUGGGCAGACAUCGUCAAAAUGGUCGGGACAGGCGUAGCUCUAGCGGCGCUAUUCGCCACGUCAGCACUCGCCAGCGUCGAGCCUGCUAUGGGGGGGAUGAUGGCGCCGCGCGCGGCGUUGCUAGAACCGGAACUGGAUGAUGGGAGCGACGAUGCGUUGAAGAAAAGGCAAACCCCGGCGGUAACGAAUGGCACACAGAUCAACUUGGAUCAGUGGGACACGGAUACGUUAGCAGCUUGCAUGUCGUCGCUCUCGCAACUCCAGGCCGCCACGAACCCUUCCGGAACGGCGGUCUGCUAUAACCUGUUCAACCUCCAGACGGACACGGGUGCCUUCAUGGCUGACCUUCGCCUCUUCCAAGUAUCGACACCUUCCGGCGAUUUCCAGGGGAUCCCCCCUCAGGAGAUUUCGGUCGGACUGCAGUAUACGGGUGCCUCCGUCUCGCCGGUUAGCCAGGGAACGAAUGCUCGAAGCGGCGCCACCAAGCGACAAACAACCUCCUCUCCCACGCUCCUCCAGACAUACAUGUUUGUGGGUCAGAUCGAUGAGGCACAGAUGAACCAGCCCAUGACGAUGGGCGUUCUGGAAGCGCUGGUGAUGCCUGUCAUCACUUUAUCCGCAAGGAACCUAGUGGGCCAGCAAGUCAGCACGACGGUCAAUCACAACGAGGCCUCUUUCGUCAACGGCAUCUUCUCGAAGGAAGUGGUCAUGUCGGACCUCUCUAUCGCCACGCUGGCGGUCGACGAUCUGAUGGCGGGACUGCGUAACGGCACUGUUGCCUUCGUCUUGCCCGGCGUCAACAUCCUGAUCUUCCCGGUCGGCCUGAUCCUCACCAGCAUCUGGUUCGUGAUCGGGGUCGGGUUCUACGGCUUUGGCACGUACGAGCGAUACAGCUACCGCGACACCUACCGAAGCAGGAAAGCGAGGGCCAACGGAAAGCCCGUCAACGCGAGAAUAUAAUCGGUCGCGAAGCUUAGCAGAGGGCAUUUUCAUGUGUAUGUGGCGUUUAGUGGAUGCCGUCGGGUCGGCACCAUCACGUCUCGACGGUCGACCGGAUAUGAUUUGGGCAGCGUGUUUUAGACCUUACCCCCUUGAGAUUACUGACUAUUAUUAUUUGUUUUGAUAUACUUGUGUGUCUAUUUAUCACGGGCAGAUGCAACCCGUAUAGUCUUAUUUAUAUAUGAGUUUCAAGCUACAGGUAGAAAAGAUCAUCUUAGGAGCCGCCGCCCAUAUCACACGGUCUUAUUUCGCCUACUACAAAGAUGGCAGGAGAUGUUUUAUUCACAUGAAAAAGAAGACCAAGGGUUGAUCUCGUAACACUCGGGUACCGUACCAAGGUUCUACGACGAUGUCGCCAACGUUUCCACUCACCGCCGCUGUUUGCGACAAUACUACAUCCCGAAACUAC